AUGGUAGGAAGAAAGAUACCUCAGUCGAUUGUUGUCCGACUUGGAGAUUUCCACAUGGCAAUGGCAUUCUGUGGAGCUAUAUCAAAACUCUUCAAAGAUGCUGGAUUACAGGUAUAGUAUUUUUGAUAUCUUUAUUUUUUCCAAGUGGGUCUGACCAAAAAAUAAUGUUAGCCCUCUAAGUGGCAAUGCAACCUGAUGCGCCCUACUUUAGUAUUUUACUCUGUCUAACGCCAGAAAAUUUUACUUGUAAAGUGGAGAGUGCUGCCACUCAAUGGGUUAAAUUAUCAAACAUUUUUUAAUAGGACAUUCUCAUUGGGUCUGAAGUUGUAGCAGCUGGACCAUUAAUGGAGUAAUGCCUGGCAAGCAUUACAACAGAAGUGUUAGGUCACACAAAGUUGUCUAUGAGGCAUUGGUCAGACUGUUGUUUCAGCAAUAUCUUGAGUCACUUACACCAGCUGAAAGGGAUGAAACAGUUACUUUGGUUGGUGAGUUUCAAAUUUAGAUGUUUAUUCAUACAUUGAGGAAGUUUCAAAACAAUGCCAAAUUACUUUGCCUUUUAAUUUUUAAUGUUUAUGAUUGAUGUGAUAUACAUAUGAACAACAAGAGCGAUUGUUUCACCAGGAUAUCCAAACACGAGAAAACAGUGACAUUGUGUGAAAGCCAGAACGCCUAGAGCGAGUGUUUUUGUUAAUUGUUUUCGAAUGUUUGGAUGUGAUACGGGUGGGACACAAGCUUGAGUUGUUUAUAUGGCUUCUCAAAUGAAAUGAGACGUAACAGAAUGUUUUCGCUUGCUGAUUUGAAUAAAAUUCUUAACCAAGCAUAACGUACUUAGUAAUUCUAUUCCAGUAAUUUUGCAUGCGUAAUUAAGACGGGGGACGGGGGGGGGUGCAACCACCUCAUCUGUUCUGCUAAACUCAAUCUCUGCAAAAACGGACCAAAGAGAAAAUCCUGAAAAAAACCCUGUAACAUUGCUGAAAUAGUAAUUAGGUGCCUUCGAACUGUAAUAAACAUUUAUUUUGCAUUACAGAAAACUUAGCCGAGACAUUCCCAAGUGAAGAUUACCUACCACAAGUGAUGUCAGAGAAUUUUGGAAAACUGGAGAUGGCUGUUGCUAUGUUUUCUAAAUCAGAGGCAGAGAAAAAAACAACAUUUGCUGUCUGGCUUAAUUACAUUCAAAUGAUAGACGUUCUUUUAAUGUUCUUACGAGCAACAAGAGAAAACGACUGGGAUCUACAUCUCUCAGCAGUUAGAUCAAUGCUACCAUGGUUUUUCGCAACUGACAGAGUUCACUAUGCUAGAUAUGGUGCAGCAUACUGGUUGGAGAUGCUAUGUAUUGAAACAUCACAUCCAGGUAAGACAUACUGUAUUUUAGAUUGUUAUCAAAUGUGCUGCAGUAAAAUGUAAACCCUCAAUGUUUGGAGGAAUUUUUUCCAAUGUUUGAACGGGAGUUUUCUGACCAAUUUUUUUAGGGGUGACCGAUGAUAUUAUAAAAAACUGGAUAUGUCAGCGUCAGAGAACACAUGGGUUUUCGUCAACCGCAUGUGGCCAGGUGAUGGGACAUAAUCGUGAUUCAAAAGUGAGAGGAGGGCUGGUUGGAUUUACUCUGAAUCAGGGUGCAGUGCACAGAUGGAUAAUGUCACAGGCUGACCGUGGUGCCAUAACAAGACAGUGUCUCACAAUGGCAGAUAAUUCAUCACAUACCAGGUAACAAGUUUGUCCUAAAAUGUAAAAAUACUGAAUUGCUGUACUUUGACAUUUUGAACAAUGCAAAGCUUCGCUUGCCCACCAUUUUAAAAAUAUUGUAUGUACAGUAGAUUACAUGAUCCCAUGUUUUUUUACAUCAAUACAGAUUACAGACAAUAGAUUUGCUAAAGAUACAGGUAUACUAUACAGUCAGCUAAGGAUUUUCUGGCCCCUGGUAAUCCAAGGAAACACUGGAUUUUUAUGUUAUAACUGGUUGCUUAUAGGUUUAAUUUUCCAUUGCAGAUCACGUAAAGACAUAGAUGAGUCACAAAUUAAGUACCAUGAACAUGAAGUGGCAAAUGUGGAAGUUAUCACGAACAUGAGCAAUCCUUAUCCUAAUCCGAAGCAUGGUUAA